AUGGACACGGCGUUAGGACCUAGCGGAUUAUAUAGGGAAAGCUACCGAGGUUCCAGGAGAAAGUUAGAGUCUUCUUCGGCGAAGAGUAGGGUGACGGGAGAGUGGUGUGCUUAUCACCAAGUUUCUGGUCAUGAUACCGGAAAGUGCAGAGCUUUACAGCAUGCGGUUGAGAAAUUGAUCACAACAGGAAAGACUAUUAAGGCGCAGCGUAAUAAGCAUCCUACGAUCGGAGAAAUAGGAACAAUCGCUGGAGGCUUUAGCGGAGGAGGAAUCACUGGUGCAGCGCGCAAGCGAUAUCUCAGAACGGUGAAUGCGGUUGCAGAAGCACCUUUCGGUUUUCAGCAUCCGGACAUCACAUUUUCACCCGCUGACUUUUUCGGGUUAAAACCACACUUAGACGACCCGAUCGUGAUCUCCCUUCGGGUUAACCACUUCGACGUACAACGAACGCUCUUGGACCAGGGGAGUUCAGCGGAUAUCAUCUACGGCGGGGCAUUUGCGCAGCAUGGAAUAAGGGAAGGUGACCUUACCCCGUAUGAAGGGACCUUGGUAGGAUUCGCGGGCGAACUAGUGUGGGUGAAAGGAGUCAUAGAUCUUGAUACCAUAUUCGGCGGGGGCGAGAAUGCCAAAAAACUAACAGUAAAAUACUUGGUUUUAGAGGCGGAAGGGUCAUACAACGCGAUCAUUGGAAGGAACACUUUAAAUCGUCUGUGCGCAGUGAUAUCAACAGCUCAUCUAGCAAUAAAGUACCCGUUGGCGAGCGGGCGAAUAGGACGGAUUGUGGUGGACCAAAGGGUUGCAAGAGAGUGUUACUGUAACGUUGUGGAUCGGUAUGGUAAGAAGAACGCCUCAACAGGACAUCGUUGUAAUGAAGUAGAGGAUCCGGACGAAAUCUUGGAUCCAAGGGGCGAGGGGCGAGUCAAUAGACCCACCCCGAUAGAGGAAACCAAAGAGUUGAGGUUCGGCGAGAAGAUACUCAAAAUAGGGACCAGGUUAAGUGAAAGCCAAGAGCAGAGGUUGUCAAAAUUGUUGGGAGAGAACCUAGACCUUUUCGCUUGGAGUCACAGGGAUAUGCCUGGCAUAGACCCAAAUUUUAUUUGUCAUAAAUUAGCACUGAAUCCAGGGGCGAAGCCAGUGACCCAGACUCGGCGACGAAUGGGCGAUGAGAAGGAGAAGGCGACCCAACAAGAGGUGAACAAGCUACUUGCAGCGGAUUUUAUUCACGAAAUCAAGUACCCUACCUUGUUGGAAAACAUGGUAAUGGUCAAGAAAGCAAACGGAAAAUGGCGAAUGACUGCAAGGGUAAUGCAUCCAUCGGACGAAGAUAAAACGACUUUCAUGACUGCAAGGGUAAAUUACUGUUAUCAGACCAUGCCUUUCGGAUUGAAAAACGCGGGGGCGACGUAUCAGCGACUGAUGGAUAGGGUGUUUGAGGGGCAAGUAGGAAGGAAUAUGGAAGUAUACGUCGACGACAUGAUCGUUAAGUCAGUUUUGGGGUCGACUCACCACGAGGACCUAUCGGAAGCCUUUGGCAAAAUCCGGAAACACGACAUGAGGCUCAAUCCGGAGAAAUGUUCUUUCGGAAUACAAGGGGGUAAAUUCUUAGGUUUUAUGAUCACGUCAAGGGGGAUUGAGAUUAACCCGGACAAGUGCAAGGAGAUACGGGAGAUGAAGAGCCCAAGCAAUGUGAAAGAGGUGCAGCGGCUAACCGGGAGAAUCGCAGCUUUGUCUCAAUUUCUUCCUCAUUCGGGUAAUAAUUCAGCUCCGUUCUUCAAAUGCCUUAAGAAGAACACAGCGUUCGAGUGGAGUUCAGAAUGUGAAGAAGCUUUUACUCGCCUCAAGGAAAUGUUGUCAGCACAACCGGUUCUCUCGAAGCCCGUCCAGGGUCUUCCCCUACACUUGUACUUCUCUGUGGGAGACCACGCGAUCAGCUCGGUAAUCCUUCAGGAGGUAGACGGGGAACAGAAAAUAGUUUAUUUUGUGAGCCACACAUUUCAAGGGGCCGAAAUGAGGUAUCAGAAGAUAGAAAAGGCGGCGCUCGCCGUCCUCGUCACCGUCAGACGCUUGCGACCCUACUUUCAAAGUUUUCGGGUAAAGGUGAGAACUGAUCUUCCUUUGAGGCAGGUGUUGCAGAAACCAGAUUUGUCAGGAAGGCUCGUCGCAUGGUCAGUGGAGCUGUCAGAGUAUGGAUUGCAGUAUGAUAAAAGGGGGAGAGUUGGGGCGCAGACCUGGGCAGAUUUUGUGGUAGAGUUGACACCCGAGGAAGGAGAAAGAGUAAACACACAAUGGACGUUGUUCGUCGAAUGA